GCCAAUGGGGAAUGAACAGUUGUAAUUAGAAAAAGAAAGGAAGCAUUUUGUAAAUCAAUUUAGCAUCUAACAGAGACAUUGGUGAGGAAUGGUACAGAUUUUAUUCUCAAACCACUCAGACAAGAAAGUAACUUACCCAGUUUGGCUACGGACAGCUACAAAACCCAGAAACCGAGAGAAUUGAAACAUUGCUUGCUGGAUAUCUCCCUCAUUUCUAAGGAUUCUAAGGAUCUCUCUCUCUGCAACAUGGCAACUCUGCUUACUGCUCAUCUGUUCUUCUUCGUCGUCUUCUUUAUUCUGUCUCAAUCUUGCUUCUCCACCUGUUCCAAACAAUCCAGAGCAGCAGUUGUCCUACCCUUGAAAACCCAGAUGAUCCCAUCCAGUUCCAUCCCUAAGCCACCGAACAAAGUCUCUUUCCACCAUAAUGUGAGCUUAACAGCCUCUCUCACUGUUGGGAAUCCGCCUCAGAACGUUUCUGUGGUCAUUGACACCGGAAGCGAGCUGUCUUGGCUUCACUGCAACAAAACCCCAAAUCUGCUCUCCACCUUCGACCGGCUCCGCUCUUCUUCCUACUCUGUUAUCCCCUGCUCCUCCCCCACAUGUACGAAAAGAACCAGAGACCUCCCCAUACCAGCUUCGUGCGACUCCAGGAAGCUCUGCCAUGUCACGCUGUCCUACGCUGAUGCCUCCUCCAGCGAAGGCAACCUCGCGUUCGACACGUUCCGUAUCGGAAGCUCCGCCUCUCCGGGAACGAUCUUCGGCUGCAUGGACUCGGGAUUCAGUUCGACCACCGAAGAAGAUUCCAAGACGACAGGGUUAAUGGGCAUGAAUCGAGGGGCUCUCUCAUUUGUUUCUCAAAUGGGUUUCCAGAGAUUCUCCUAUUGCAUCUCCGACCGCGAUUCCUGGGGAGUUUUACUACUCGGCGGCGGCGGCAGCGGCAGCAACUUCUCCUGGCUCCAACCCUUAAACUAUACGCCACUGAUUCAAAUCUCGACUCCAUUGCCUUACUUCGACCGAGCCGCCUACACGGUUCAGCUGGAAGGGAUUAAGGUGUCCGACAAGCUGCUCCCGCUGCCCAAAUCGGUUUUCGUACCGGACCACACCGGAGCGGGUCAGACGAUGGUUGACUCAGGGACUCAGUUCACCUUCCUACUGGGCUCGGCCUACAGUGCCCUCAGGAACGAGUUCAUGGAGCAGACGCGAGGAAUCUUGACGGUUCUGGAGGAUUCCAACUUCGUCUUCCAGGGGACCAUGGACUUGUGUUUCCGGGUAUCCCUGAAUCGGUCGACCCUGCCUGUUCUACCGACGGUGAGUCUGGUGUUUCGUGGGGCCGAGAUGAGGGUACCUGGAGAAUGGCUGUUGUACAAGGUUGCAGGGGAAGUGCGAGGUGGGGAUCAGGUGUAUUGCUUCACCUUUGGGAAUUCGGAUCUGAUGGGUGUGGAGGCGUACAUCAUUGGCCAUUAUCAUCAACAAAAUCUGUGGAUGGAAUUCGAUCUACAAAAUUCAAGGGUCGGGUUGGCCCCUGUUAGUUGUGCACUCGCUGGUCAAAGAUUGAGUAAGGGUAUCUAAGGGGUCAGAUUUUUUUGUGCUUUCUCCUUUCUGUUUAUUUUUUAUUCAAUGGGGAGAGGGAUUUAUGCAUUGCUUACAUGUAUUGUCAUGUCGCAUGUCAAGUCAAUAGGUACAUGAGAGAGGAGGGAGAGAAUUACAAUGCAUAUAUAGGAAUCCACAUGGUCGUUAAGAAAAGAGUGAAUGCAUCAAAACCGUGAGAAUUGACAUGUCGCAUGUCAAGUCGAUAGGCACAUCAGAGAGAAGAGGGAGAGCCUUACAAUGCAUAUAUAGGAGCUCACAUGGUCAUUAAGGAAAGAGUGAAUGCAUCAAAACCGUGAGGGGGCAUGUACCAUCGAUACUAUAUAGUAUGUACAUCAUUCUCUUAUUUAUUCAUUUUCAUCAAAAUACGAUGAUAAAUAAA